AACGUCCCCAUUUAUACCUUUUCUGCAUCUGCGUAAUCUCUCUCUAAUUCCACUUUCUCUCUCUCUCUUUUCCCUCGUCUCCAAUUGAUGCGAAUCAUUUGUCCUAUGAACUUUUUUCUCUUCUUUUUUUAGAUAAACAAACACACAGGUCCAUUCAAAAAGUUGUAUAACAAUUGGAGUAUCAGAUCUGAUCCCCUGACUGGAUUCAACAGCCCUACACACUGCGUAACGGACGUCACGCCAAAAGAGAAGUGAUUAUGGAAACCGGCGGCAGUCGGAGACGUCGUACCCUAUCAGACGAAAACCUCGACUCUCCAAACCUCCGAGACUUCCUCCGACUCAAAGAAGACGAAAACAACAACGGAACCAGCAACUCCCUCUCCGGUCUAACCCUACGAGCCGUCCUCAGCAGCGGCAAACGACCGCCGCAGCAGCAGCAGCCGUUUCACGUGAACCGGACCCUCCUCGACGUCAUCAAGGACGACCCCAACUACGGCAAGGAGAGCAAGAAGAGCUGGAAAGCCUUGAAAAGCAAGCUCCGCCUCCGCCGCGCCGGCGCCGCCUGGACCUCCUCCGUCAUCACCCCCGCCUCCGACGUCCCCAUGGUCCAAAACCCCACAAGGACCAUCUCGCGCCGGUUAUCGACUCGGUUCAACUCGGACGGGCCGAGUCCAGACCCGACUCCGUCCGUUCCCGAGUCGACUCAGCUGAACUCGGCGCCGAGCAGCAACCGGGGGGCCAUGAUGAUGAUGCGCCGGAACUCGAGUCGCGUGCCGUCGAUGGCGGCCGGCGGGUACGGCCGCGGGUACGAGGGUUCGGGGUCGUUGAGUAACAGUCGACAAGCGAUGUGGGACGGAGGAGACGGAGGGAGCAAUGGCAACGAAAACGGUGCGGUUUCGGUCACAGAGGGAGCGGCGGAGGGAGAGGGAGAGGGAGAGGAGGGGGUGGGAGAGACGGAGGAGGAGGAGGCGGCGGAGGAGGAGGGUGGAGGAGAGCCGAGGAUGUCGCUGAUGGCGUUGUUGGCGGAGACGGAUAGGCAGAUGGGAUUGGAUGGGUCCAAUUAUAUCACGGGCGACGACGACGACGAUGACGACGAGGAAGAAGAGGUGGAGAGUGGUGGUGGUGGGGAGUAUAACAGCUGCUGUGUGUGCAUGGUGAGGCACAAAGGGGCGGCUUUCAUUCCUUGCGGGCAUACGUUUUGUAGGUUGUGUUCGAGGGAGCUUUGGGUUCAGAGGGGGAAUUGCCCUCUCUGUAAUGGGUUUAUCUUGGAAGUUCUUGAUAUCUUCUGAUGAUCUGUUUUUAAUGUUUUUAACCACCCGCGGAUGGUCGACGGCAACCGCAGUUCGAGCUGACCGAUUGUGUUUUCAUCCUUCUGAAAGGUUUUUAUUUUAUUUUUCUGUAAUUUUUAUUUAUUUACUUUGAUUUGGUAAACAAGAAUUUGGUUAUUGGAUGGUAAUCAAAGUUUAGGGGAUUGCAGUAGUGAUUUGUUGUGGUAGUUGUUGGAGAUGGACUUUGGUCCCCUUUGCUGUAUGGAGUAUAUAUUGAAGAGAUUUCGAAUUGUAUGAAACUCUAUGCUGCUGCUAUCUAUGCAUUAGAACAUGAGAGACUUAUUCA